AUGGCUAAGGAUGAUCCUAUAUUUACGUCGAUGGGAAUGUUUAUCAUCGAUGAGAAUCAAUAUCCUCCAUCAUCUAAAAAGGAGCCGGUACAUAAUAUUAUAGGUGGUGGUGGUACUUAUGCUAUCAUUGGUUCGAGAAUCAUUGCUGGUGCUGAAAAAUCCAAACUAAUUUGUGGAAUUAUAGAUAAGGGAUCUGAUUUUCCAGAAAUUGUGGAAGAAGAAAUCUUGAGUUGGAAUUCAGGAAUCGUUUGGAAAGAAGAUCUCUCUAGGCUAACUACUAGAGGACUUAAUAUAUAUGACGAAGCCGAUAUUAGACAUUUCAAAUACAAAACUGAUAAAAAAAGGAUUGAAGCGCAAGAUAUAGUCAAUCACCCUUACUUGAUAAGAUCACGCACCAUUCAUAUCAUUAGUUCGGUUGAAAGGUGUGAAUCCAUCAUAGAUACGAUUUUAUCCAAUACUCCAAAUGAUGUUAUUCCAACUUUCAUAUAUGAGCCUUUACCUGAUGUCUGUGUUGCAUCAAGUUAUGAUAAGCUAACCUUAUUGUUGCCGAAGAUUGAUGUAUUCACACCGAACUUAAAUGAAAUGUCGAAUUUAGCAAAUUUGGCUAGGGUACCCGAAACUAUGGAGGAUAUCAAAACAUUGAGUUCUAAGUUUAGUCCUUAUUUGACAAAACCUAAUUCUGGUUCUGUUGUUAGAUGUGGACCCUUAGGAUGCUUUAUCAAGACUUCCAAAGUGGAAAUUUCAUUACCUGCAUACCAUAGAAAUCAAGAUAAAGUUGUAGACGUAACUGGUGGUGGUAACCUGUUUUGCGGUGGAUUCGUUACAGGUUUAUGCUUAUCCAAAGGUGACUGGGUUAUUGGUGGUAUUUGUGGUAAUAUAGCUAGUGGAUGUGUUAUUGAGCGACUUGGAAUGCCACGAUUAUAUCUGGGUCUUUCGGAUGAAAAAUGGAAUGGUUCAUCUACCUCUAAAAGGUUAAAGUACUAUGUAGAUAUGAAUAAGAGCAUUCUAGACGGAACAUUCGAUGUAACAAAAAUUGACUGGCUAGCCUAA